AUGUCCAUAUCUUGCGCAAUCCACUUCGUGCCGGUCGCCAUCGCUGUGAUGGUCCUGGCACCAGCUGCACAGGCAGCUGUGGUGGCUGCAAAUGAAAAGGCUGGGGUCACGGUGACGGCCGAGGGCGUUUCGCAGGACGAGGCGGCGCUACACACCAUGAGAAGAGGUGACGUGGCAGGAGCAUCACUUUCGAGCAUCUCCAGUGAGAGCGGUGACCGGCAAGCCUGGAGUAGAGCCGUCUCAGGAGGGCCACCGGGAGAGCCAACGCUUCUAACGGGGAUGCACGACUGGUUGGGGCCGCGGCUGAACCUGCCGGCGGAUCUGCGUCUCUAUAAAGGCCCUCCUGGCCCACAGGGUCCUACUGGACCCCAGGGUUACACUGGCCCUCCUGGGCCACAGGGACCGAAAGGACCACCUGGCUCAGUCCAUCCGGGACCUCCGGGUCCCGCAGGGGAUCCGGGACCCCAUGGCCCGCAGGGUGAGAGGGGCCCGAAAGGGCCUCCUGGCCCCAGAGGGCCGGCAGGUCCUGCUUACGACGGCGAAAAGAAGGGUGACGAGAUGAUUGACAUGGCCAAGGAUCUCCUGCGAAAGGUUGACACUCUGAACCAGCAGUCCGACGAAGCUGCGGCGAUGCUGGUUGAAGAGAUGAAGGAGCUUGAGCGGCAGCUAGGUCUCGAAGAGAAGGAAAACUUCAUCACGGAAGAUGAGCUGCGACAGAUUGGUGAGCUUGCAUCCGACAUGACGAAGCAGCUCAAUUCCUAUGCAGGCCACCUGGAACAUGCAAGGCAUGGCUUGGCCAUGAAGGCACAUAGCCAGCAGGCGGCCAUGCAGGAGCUGGAGCAAACGCGGGUGCGACAAGAGGCCUUUAUGCUUCACAACAUGGGGCAAGGCUUCGACCCAACACCGUAUAUGGCACAGGCACAGGCACAGCAGAAUGCAUGGGCUCCGGGCGGCAGCAUGGGAGGAGCAGCAUACCACGCACAGAGCCAUCGAUCAGAGGCCCAGGACAAGGGAGUCCUCAGGGAUACGGGCUUCCUUCCCAACUUUACCAAUCGUGGUGCAAAGUACGACGCCGGUGGCAGGAUCACUUUACACAACGAUGCCUUGCGCUGGGUGGUGAAGCCCGCUGAAGCAUCCGAGCGCUUCCCAGCAGGGUCUCAGGUGUAUCGCAAGGUUGCCCUCAUUUACUACCUGACGAAGGAUUGGUCCGCAGACUUUGGCGGAUGCCUCGUUGACAACAUGGAGGACGGGCCGAAAGCCAUUGUUCCGGAGUUUAACUCCCUCGUAGCCUUCUUAGUGCCUCGAGAGCACUGGGUUUCGGAGAUGAAAGAAGGUAGCCCCCUCCGUUACACGCUGUUCGGCUGGCUCCACGAUUUCGAGCCGUACCCGGCUGGGGCGUUGAAGCCUUUGGGCUCAGGGAAUCCCAUCCCAGGCGCCAGCAGCAGCGGCAAGGCUGCGCGGUGGAUCGAGGGAAGCAGCGAAGCGCAAGCAGCGCUGGACGCAGUGGAUGAUGCGAAACGGCAGUGCGAGCAUGGCUUCAGGAUGCGCUUCGGCAUCGCGAAGGAGGACUUACGCCUGGGGGAGGCUACAAGCACGGCGCAAAGGCUUCUGUUCCAAAUGCGGCAGCGGGCGAUCCACAAUCCGCGACUGCUCACAAGCUGA